AUGGCACGUUCUCCGCAAUCCACUUCAGCAUCGAACUGGGCCUUUCAUGCAGAAGCCACAGACAGGGACUGUCGAAGCCCGUCCGCCUCGCCAUUUGCGGCUCCAAUCGCGGCGCCUGUUGCGGCGUCUGCUGCGGCGCCGACCUCGGCGCCGGUUGCGGCGUACAGCAGGCACGAGGCAUUCGCGUUUACCGUUGACAUGCGCGGCGAGGGGGCGGCAGGCGUGGGGCCAGCAGGAGGGGGUGCUGUGGGGAGAGGCGCGGAGGUGGAGGAAAGGGGGAGCGCACCGUGGGCGAUGGCGCGGGCAGUGGAGAGAGGGAUGAGCGCUGAUCCCGCUGAUGGGCUCGAACAGCCCCUGCAUUCCCGACUGGCACCGCUUGAGUCCCCCGAGCUGAGGGCCAUUCUGCACAAGUCCGCCUGCAUGCUGCGAUUCGAGUCCAUCCGCCGCCGCAAAGGGUCUGGCUCGGACGACUCCCUCGCCUCGCAACAGCACCUGCUGCCGCCUGGGGCGGCAGGUAGCGUUGGGAGUGGCCGGCGCAGUUUGUCCCGUGCCGACAGUGGCGGGAGUGCGGGGAGCUUUGGCAGCGGGAGUAACAGCUUGAAUGUCACGCCGGAGAGUAGCUUUCACCGGGGGGAUAUGUACAGCGGGAGUAUGUUCGAGGCCAUCUCAGAGGUGCCGCCAUCAAGCGAGGCGGCAGGGGAGGGCGAGGGGGGCGAGGGCGGGCCAGAUUCGGUGUAUCUGUCAGACUGGGUGAUCAGCCCACAGGCAUCGCUGUACCAGCAGUUCCAGGCGGCGCUGCUGCUGCUCGCCAUCCUCAUCGGCAUCGUUGAGCCCUUCAACGUCGCGUUCCUCGAUACAGAGAAUGUGUUCACGCCAGUCAAUGUGUUUAUCUAUUGCACCGACGCCCGCCCUCUCUCAGCCCACCUCGCCCCUCUUCGCCCCCCUCCUCACCCCCCCUCGACCUCCUUCCCGCCCCUUCGUCCUCCUCUUUGCCCCCCUUGCCCCUUCUCGCCCCUUGCCCCUUCUCGCCCCUUCUUGCCCAGCAGGUACCUACGGGGCAUGUUCUGGUACGACAUCCUAGCAGCGCUGCCAUGGGAUCUGGUGCUCAAGGGCGUGUAUCAACCCACCGGCACCGCUGCUGUCGCCCUCUCCGCCUUCGGUCUGCUGCGACUACUGCGCCUCAUCCGCCUGUGA